UCUUCACAAAUAAUUUGACAUUUUCAUCAGACUUUGAGAUGAGCAAUUUACCUGCUAGUUAUGUGGAGGGGUUCCAUUAUGAGGAAGCUGUUAAACGAAUGAAAUAUCAGCCGUUAGGAAAGACAGGAAUGACCGUUUCCAAGUUAAGUUUUGGUGCUUCAUCACUUGGAAGUGUUUUCAGGGAAACUAAUGACUUGGAGUCAGUUCAAGUUGUCCACCAUGCAAUAAAGAACGGGAUUAACUAUAUCGAUGUUGCUCCCUGGUAUGGUCAUGGCAAAGCAGAGACUGUUUUAGGCAAGGUCUUGCAAGGUUCAUUGAUAUUGUUAUCAUGUAUUAUUUAACAGGUAUGUCGAUAUGAGCCAGAAACUGAAAAGAUGUUUGACUUCUCUGCUGAAAGAACCUUACAAAGUGUUGAGGAAAGCUUAAAGCGCUUAGGACUAGACUACAUUGAUGUAAUUCAGGUUCAUGACAUGGAGUUUGCACCUUCUUUAGACAUUGUUAUCAAUGAAACAUUACCUGCCCUACAAAAGCUGAAAGAAAAUGGGAAAGUGAAGUUUAUUGGGAUCACAGGAUAUCCACUAGAAACCUUUCGGACAGUUUUAGAGAGAAGCAAAACAAACAUUGACACAUUGUUGACUUAUUGUCGCUGUUCAUUAAAUGACACUGGGUUGCUCAAUUACAUGGAGUUCUUCAAAGAACAUGGAGUAGGGGUCGUGAAUGCCUCCCCCAUAUCAAUGGGCUUGUUGUCAAAUCGUGGGCCUCCUUCAUGGCAUCCAGCUGGACAAUGUGUACGUGACAGAUGCAAACAAGCUGCUGACUAUUGCCAGGAACAAGGUGUUGACAUCUCAAAGCUUGCUCUUCAUUUUACCUUGGGAAUAGAAGAAGUUCCUACAACCCUGGUGAGCACUGCAAGCUUUGAAAAUCUUCAGAAGAAUCUUAAUGCUGUUGACCAGACAUUAACAGACACUGAGGGAAAGUGUUUGCAGUAUAUCAUAGACAAUAUUUUCAAACCAAGUGGUAAUCUUUCAUGGGAAGGUGUGGAAGUUUCCAGGUACUGGCAGAAAAUGAACCAACUAAAGCCUGCUUGUCCUCUGGCAAUAUCAUAACAAGAGCUUGCAUCAAUGUUCUACAUUAAUUUGAAGUCUAGGGUCAUGUAUGUUCAUUUAAAAGAGGACAGUUAGUUUUUAAGCUGGAUAUGGACUGUGUCAUCAAAUUAUUUGACAUAUGUAAAUUACAUGAAAUGUAAAUGAAUGUCCUAUCUAAUUUUAAUGUGUGGUCAAAAAACAGAUUUGAAAGGAUGUGCCCUGCUAUGUAAUAGGAAUCAUUUCCAGCACUGGACACAGGAUUUGGUCAGUUUUUUUAAAAGUGACACUUAAAUAGGCAGUUUUCUUGGGUUAAAGAUUUUUGUCAGUAUUUAGGGGAGUAGUGUUCUGGAAGAUUUUCUUUCUUAGGUUGAAAUUUAAAUUAACUAAUGUGUCUCUGAUUGAUUUAUAUCCUUGUUCUUGUUAAAUUAUAUUUACUACUUAUCAAUGUAUAUUAGGCAAGGAGGCCCAGGGAAGCCAAUAAGGCUUAUAUGUAAAGGACUACCUUAAAUAUACCUAAGACUUAACAAAAGAAUAAAAAUGUUGUCAUCAGCACACAGAAUGAUCAUAAUUUAGGAUAAAGCAGUUAAGCAAAACUAUGUUAAGCAAUGUUGGAACCCUUUUUAAAGGUUUUUGUGUUUCUAA